AUGGGUGGGCAACAAAGUUGUCUUCCUUUUGAUGGAGCUUUUCCAGAAUCACAAAAAUUUAUCUCGUUCUCGAACCUUGGAAACAGUUGCUACAUGAAUAGUGUCCUUCAAGCCAUAUUAAACUCAAAAUAUUUCAUUUUAUUUUUUGAAAAUCUUCACACUACACUCAAAAACAUCGAUUUAUCAGAUGAAGAUAAAGAUUCACUUCUAUAUAACCUUCUCUGUAUAUAUAGAAUGAGAAAAAGUCAAAAAGAACAAACGCACGUUAUUUCUCCAAAGCUGUUUCAUGAAAAUUUAAUAAAAGCUGGUAUAGGAUUUACAAGAGGACGUCAAUCAGAUGCACAUGAGCUUUAUGUUGCGCUCCUAGACAAUUUUGAUAAUCAAAUUAAUAAAUUUAAUUCAACUUACAAACUUAAUAUUCCAUUAUUCAGCUCACUUUCACACGCUAGAAGUGAAUCUUGCUCACAAUGCUUAUGCUGUGGAGCUGAAAGCAAUUCUUCUGAAUCAUUCGUUACAUUUUUCCUUGGAAUCAAAAAUAAAACUAGUCUAACAGAUCGUUUGAGAGCAUUACAAUCUCCAGAAUAUCUUUCUGGUGCAGGAAAACGUGAAUGCACUAUUUGCAAAAUUUCUCAAGAAAAAAGAGUAAUGACUACAUAUCCAGAGAUCCCAAAUGUAUUAGUAUUCCAAAUACAAAGAUUUGAAUACGAUAAAGUAAAUCAACAGCUUAAAAAACUUAAAAAUGUCAUUCCAUUUCCAAGUUCAUUAGUUUUCUGCGAUAGACACUACAAACUAUCUUCUGUCAUCGUUCAUAUAGGCGAAAGCUUGGAAUCAGGACAUUUUGUUGCCCUUCUCAGAGUCGAUGAAAAAUGGGUUUUGGCGAAUGAUGCAAAUCUCAUUUUAAUGAGCGAAGUAGAGGUUGAAGAGUACUUCACAAGAGGAAAAGUACCAGGACAGUCAUUUACUUCUGCUUACUUAUUGUUUUAUGAUUUCAUUGAAAAUGAAUAA